CUUGAAUAGAAUGAGUGUUGCAUCUAAUUCUCAGCAUGAUGACGAAUUGAAGGAGACUCCUAAUGAAGUAGUAUUUAUACCCUAUACGAAUUAGUUGAAGUUUACAUGGACAAUGAAGAGUAUAGAAAAACUGAAAGAGCUUCAUGUGUUGCAACAAGGGAACUGGAAAUCAAUCAGUUAAUUGCUAAAUGGGCCAACCCCUUUGGAGUGUAUGAUUAAGUGGCAACAACUCCAUCCUGACUAAGUAUAUGAAGUUUUCAUAAUGUAGGCAACUUCCAGAUAGCUGUGGUCACCAGAAGAGGAUGAAUAAUUGUAAGAAUUGGUCUAAAAAUUUGGAAAAAAAUGGAGCAAGAUUUGUACAGUAAUGAAUUGGAGAACAGGAAAAUAAGUUCGAGAGCGUUAUUUGAACUAACUCUAAGGAACAAUUAACUAAGACAAGUGGACAGAGGAGGAAGAUAAAUUGAUAUUAAAAUUAUAUAAGAAGUUUGGAACCAAAUGGAGCUAUAUUUCAAGUUUCUUGAAUGGAAGACCUGUAUAUUACUUUAACUAAUUAUUUAGGAAAACAUGGUCAAAAAUCGAUUCUAUUCCAACCUAAAAAGAAGAUACUAAUGUGAUUUAGGUGAUUCGGAUGAUGAAGAUUUAUAAGAGGAAUCACUUAAUUCCUCCGAUGAAGACCAGAGCAGGCUUUAGAAAAGGAGAAGACCGUAGAAAACUACGAAAGAGCCUCAAAAAAUAAAAAAAGUUUAGGUGGCUGAAGAAAACAUAGAAAAUUUCUAAAGAAUGACAAGAUCAAAAAAUCAAAAAUAAAAUGAUGACAGUCUUAAGUAAUAUGGUCUAAAUGAGGACUAAAACAAUGAGAAUAACUCAGGUAUUCGUUAUGUUUAUCUUAGGAUUAUAAAAUAUUGCAAGUACUCCAAGUUAUUGCACUCCUCAAGCAAAUUAAAUUAAUAUAAAGGAAGAAAAUUAAUUAAAAUGUGAUCGUUUUAAUUAUAAUUCAUCCAAUAUUUAAUAAUCGAUUCCAGCAAUCAAUAUGCUCCCUUAAACAGUGUCUCCAUUCAUGUUUAACAAUUAAUACAUUCCAUCUCAUUAGAAUUCGUUUAUAUAUCCAUAAAAUAUGAUGCCAAUCCCAUAAGAUAAAUUGGCAGCGUAGUAAUUCAAAUAGUCAUAAUUUGACAAAAUGCAGAUGUUAAAUGAUCUAAAUUAAUUGCCAAGAGCCAACAUUGUUAACCCUUUUCUAAAUAUUAUGUAAUAGCAAUAAUUGAUGAAUUUUCAAAUUCCAAUCUAGUCGUAAUAUAUAGGUCAGGUUGAUCCAAUAACAUAAUGGGCUGAACUAUGCAAAGUUUAUAAUAACCUAAUAUUGUAAAAACAUUUGUAACCAUGAGGUUAAAUAAGAGAAUGUAAAC